AUGGUCGCCUUCACUGGGCAUCGGAAGGAAUACGCUGGGAUCCAUACCGGAUACCUCUCUCGAAAAUACCUCGUCAAAAUGUCAAGUGCAGCUUCCAGCAUGCCCAAGGCUCAAAGGCUCGGCUGGACAGGCGUUUCUCGACUUAUUGUUCUAGAUCAGCGUGAUGUCGUGCGUUUGAGUUUCUCCGCAGCGGCUUGGUGGAAGAAAUCCUCAUUGAAAACUAACUUCUGGGGCGCUGCUCACCACCGGUUUCCGCCAUACAUAGAAGUCGUAUUAAAAGGAGAGACGAGGAAAGUCGCCGAACAGCACUCCUCAGGGCAGAAGGUCACUCCUCACAAGUCGAGGAGCUUGGACUACAUGGACAGUUGGUCGAAUAAGGUCUUGGGGACCUACAUAAAAUUGGGGCGACACUGGAGGCUCCCAAUCUUGACUACACUCGAAGCCUUCGAAGAUACCCUUACACAUAUCCAAACUUUCAUGGUUCAUUCUCGAACGGGGCCGGCGGGUUCACCCACAUGGUGCAUUUGGUCUCAGAAUGAUUUUGGCGACAACACUCGGAGCAGUGCUAGUGGUGUUGUGGAUAAUUGGGAUAAAUUGGCUAGGCCUAUAGUCCUAAACUUGCUGACAGGUAUUGAUGAUCGCAAUGAGAAUAUGCUUUUAGUGGACGAAUUUGACUGUCAGGCCGGCUGGCUUGCUGCAGCAGCUGGCGGCCCUGUUUUAGUGUGGUUAGACAUCGGAGAUUGCAAAAAGUCUCGAGAGUCUAGAGGGACGUAUAGAACCCAGGUGAGGCCAGUGUCCCCUUUGCCGCGCUUCAUUAGCGGAGGCUGCAGUGUUGGAGACGACCGCUAUAAUGAUAGAGAUUGCAACGAGGGCUCGUAUAUUAGAUGUUUUGAGAUUCUUUCGCAGGAUAAGAGUCAAUUGAUUGAGUGA